CAGUCAGCCUAACGGGCAUUUCAGGCCUUCGUGUUAUGUUCCCGUUGUGAACUCUCGUUACAUCCCCUAAACACUCGGGCACCACACUCCUUCCUUCCUUCCUCACGUCCAGGCCUUUGCUGAAGCAGGUCCCUCCUCCUGGUGUAGUCACCCCGUCUGCUCCACACGGAAACGCUCCCGUGGCUUCCUCCCCGUCCCGUUCCGUGAGUCCAGCACAGCCUCCCUGCUCUCUGACCCCUGGGAGAGACGGAGAGUCCGGGAUUUCCCUAGGAUCAUUGGACCUGCCCAGGCCCGCCCCGCCCUGCCCAGCACUGGCAGGGGCGGGAACCCGGGAGCUGACAGAAGAGAGGAAAUUCCCUUGGAACCUGUUCCUCUGCUUCCUGGUCCCGCUUGUGCGCUGGAGGGAAGGCCAGGCCAGAGGCCCAGCCUGCCAUGGCCUCGGCCCUGGGCCCACCCCGGGCCCCCAAGCCCAAGUGUGCCCUGCCCUCACACUACCAUGAGAGCUUUCUGGAGAAGAAGGGACCCCAUGACAGGGAUUACAAGAAGUUCUGGGCCGGCCUCCAGGGCCUCACUCUCUAUUUCUACAAGAGCAACAGGGACUCCCAGCACGUGGAGAAGAUAGACCUGGGCGCCUCUGUGAAAGUCACAGAUGAAGCUCCCCGGAGGAACUCCCCUGACCCUGGUAUACAUUUCAACCUCUUCAUCCGGAACCAGGAGAUCAAAUUCAGGGUGGAGAGCCUGGAGUCUCGGGAGAUGUGGAAAGGCUUCAUCCUGACAGUGGUGGAGCUCCGUGUCCCGUCCAACCUGACUCUGCUGCCCGGACACCUGUACAUGAUGGCCGAGGCCUUGGCCAAAGAGGAGGCGCGUCGCGCGCUGGAGAUGCCCUCGUGCUUCAUGAAGGUGAGCCGGCUGGAGGCGCAGCUGCUGCUGGAGCGCUACCCCGAGUGCGGGAAGCAGCUGCUGCGACCCAGCGGGGACGGCAAGNNNNUCGCCCGCUGCACGUGCAGGACGCCGCUGGUCCGCCACUACAAGGUGAAGCGCGAGGGCCCGAAGUACGUGAUCGACGUGGAGGAGCCGGUCUCCUGCGCCUCACUCCAAGACGUGGUCAGCUAUUUCGUGUUGCAAACCAAGAAUGCGCUGGUGCCCUUCCUACUGGACGAGGACUAUGAGAAGGUGCUAGGCUACGUGGAGGCGGAUAAAGAGAACGGCGAGAGUGUGUGGGUAGCACCCUUGGCUCCCGCGGUCCUCUGCCCAGGUGCUGCAGCCCCUGCCGGUGGCUCCAAGCAGCCACCUCCUUUGCCCAGACAGCACAAGCUGCCCCCGCUACUGAACCCGGAUGAGAACUAUGUGAUCCCCAUUGGAGAUGCCCCAGUUGCCGAAUAUGAGAACUCGGAUGCGCUUUCGCCGGGCUGGCCCAAGCAGUGUCACCCAGCCCAAAAGGUUCAGGCAAAGCCUCCAAAGCCACCCAUGGCACCUAAGCCAGAGCCCAAAUGCCUGGCCAGCGGCCUUGCCAAGAAGCUGGCCAUCAGCUCAGCACAGGCCGUCUGCCCCACAACAGGGUUGGCCAGCGUGACAGCAGAGCUGGAAGAGAAACUGCAGAGGCGGCGGGCACUGGAACACUCAGCCGAGCACCCUGGGGAUUAGCGGGCCAGACUCGGAGCGUCAGUCAGACGGAUCCCUCCUCCCAGAAUUAAAGUUCAAGUGACCCCAAGGCC